GCGCAGUGCCUGUCACAGCCACUGGGAUAGAACCCACGACCUUGGUGUAUCGGGAUGAUGCUCUGACCAGCUGAGCUACCCUGCCAGGGGCCAUUCUAAUGGGGCUGAAUAUUUUUUCAGUACCCAUCUGGGAGAGUUUGGAAGGUAGAGCCAGCAGACAAACGGCAGAAGACAAGAAGUAGACUCUCCGGAGAAUGGGCUCAGAGCAGUGCUGGCCUCGAGAGGCCAAGGCCCAGAAGGCAGCUUGAGGAAGUCAGACCAAACAAGCAGGACGGUAUUGCAGCAAGCAAGAUGGAUUUGGGAAAGAACCGAUCUCAUUUGACGCCCCGUCAGACAUCGGACCUUCAUCAAGAAGAGAACCACGUUCCAGAUGUCAUUGGAACUUGGAAUUUGCGAAACAGAGAGCAACUCAGAAAAAGAAAAGCCGAAGCACAAGAAAAGCAAACUUCACAAUGGCAUUUUGGAGAGAGAAGACACAAGCGGCAGAGAACAGGAAAAGGAAAUCAAAGAGGCAGAAAGAGACAACACGAUACAGAACUGAGGGUGGAGCCUCAAUCACAAUUAGAAAAGGAAAUGACGGAGAGAGCACUAGCACCUGCAGAGAAAGAAAAUGAAUUACCUAGGAGUGUAACGGAAGCUCUCUGUCUGGUAGCUUCCCCACAAAGAGUUGUACCAGAGAAAACAUUUUCUGCAACAGGUCAAGAAAGCAUGAUAGAUCAGGAAAAUUCUUCUGAGUGCCAAGAAACAACAGUACAGAACCACCCUUCUGAAAUAGGCCAAGAGGAGGCUGAACCAGGAGACUUCUCUCCUAAAAUGUGCCAAGAAAUAGCUGUAAUUCAAGACCAUUCUUCCAAAAUGUGCCAUGAUGUGGCUGAACCUAAAGACCUCUCUCCUAAAAUGUGCCAAGAAACAGCUGUACUUCAAGACCAUUCUCCCAAAAUGUGCCAUGAUAUGGCUGAACCUGAAGACCUCUCCCCUAAAAUGUGCCAAGAAACAUCUGUAGCCACAGCCCUUCCUUCCAAAACAUAUGAAGACAGAGCUGACAUGGAAGGACACUCUCUUGAAGCAUACCCCGAACCAGAUGUGCCUAAAGGCUACGCUCUUGUUUUAUACCAAAAGAAAGCUGAACCCAAGGAAGACACUGCCGAACCAGGUCAAGGAAGAGCUGGGACUGAAAGUUUUUUUCCUAAAACACAACAAGAAAUAGCUGUGCCUAAAAACCUUCCUGCAAAAAUAUACCAUGAAACAGUUGAACCUGAACAGUAUUCUCAUAAAGCAUAUCCUAAAGAAAUUGCUGUGCCUAAAGCCCUCUCUCAUAAAACAAUCCAAGAAAUGGCUGCUCCUGAAGAAUGUCCAUCUGAUACAUGCAUACACCAAGAUACACCUGGGCCGGAAGACCUCUCCACCAAGACAUGUAAAAAUAAAGAAUGCGUUCCAGAAGCAAACCAAGAAGCAGGUGGGCCCCGAGGCCAGCAUCCUAAAGCACAGCAAGAAGAUGUUAAGGAUGUUUUUCCUUCAGAAAUGAAAGGACAACCCAAAGCACAAGAACCAGAGAUACCAUCAAUUCCAAAUCUUCCUCGAGAGAUACAUCCAGAAAAUGACGUCUAUAGUUAUGUUUUGUUUUAGCAGUGCUCAGCCAUCACAGUUUUGCAACAAAAUACACAUCAUUAUAUGUGAUUUUCUCACAUUAUUGUAGAAAUCUCUACAACAUUCAUUAAUAUUUGAGUAGUGGGUUUUUUUUCCAUGUAUAGCCCAUAUCUGAAAGAGAGCACUAAUGUGUUUUUCAGGCUCGACCACAUCGACAACAUCCUGCAGUGUGUGUGCAUGUGUAUGUAGAUUGGGGUGAGGAGAGUGAUGGGGAGACUCAAAAUGGGAAAGGGGAGGGCUGAAUAGUAUCCCCUAAUAGCAAACGUUUCUUUGGUUAUUCCUUAUGAGCAGAAAAGUUAGUGAGUGUGAACACUUAAAAUUUGGAUAAGUAUAUAGUUUUCCUGUCAACUGUGUUCGACUGUUAAUGGAAUAAUAGCAUCAACAUUUUAUUCAGGCUUUUGCUGGCUUUCUAGUUAAUUUGAACAAUUCUUAUCAUUCUGGGGCUCCCUCAAAGGUAUUUUGGAGUGUUGAAUGUAGUUUACUUGCGUAUUUGAGUUUCGAUUUCCUAGUUUUACUUUUUAUAUAUUGUAUUUGUGAAAAAUGUACAUUAAAUCAUUAUUACAUGCUUAA